AUAUCGAUAAUUUGAUAAAAAAGCAAACAGUUUUAGGUGAUGAUGCGAAAGGCAUUUUAUAUAGAUACAAAUAUUUACUAGUUUAAAAUGUUCUAUGAGCACAUUAUUUUGGCCAAGAAAGGCCCCCUAGCCAGGAUCUGGUUGGCAGCACAUUGGGACAAAAAAAUUACAAAGGCCCAUGUAUUUGAAACUAAUAUUGAAAAAUCAGUGGAAGGGAUUUUGCAACCAAAAGUAAAAUUAGCGUUGAGAACGUCUGGACAUUUAUUGCUAGGUGUUGUUCGCAUUUAUUCCAGAAAAGCGAAGUAUUUAUUAGCUGAUUGCAAUGAAGCCUUUGUCAAGAUUAAGAUGGCUUUUCGACCAGGCAUGGUCGACUUACCAGAAGGGCACAGAGAAGCUAAUGUUAAUGCAAUAACACUCCCAGAAGUUUUUCAUGACUUUGAUACAGCCCUGCCCGAAUUAAACGAUAUUGAUAUUGAGGCUCAGUUUUCUAUAAAUCAGUCCAGAGCUGACGAGAUAACAAUGAGAGAAGAUUACGGUAGUUUGUCUCUUUCCUUACAAGAUGACGGAUUUGGUGAUAUAGGCUUUGAAGCAGAAACGCCUGAAAUUAUACGAUGCUCUAUACCUUCAAAUAUUAAUGAUAAAAUAUUUGAUAAUGACGUUUUGGAAAAUAUUGAGUCUCUGGAUCCACAUUCAUUGGACGCCCAUGCUGAUAUGCCUGGUUCUCGAUUGGAUGGUGAUGGGUUUGGAGAUUCUUUUGGACAACCAGCCCUUUUUGAAGACGAUCUUUUUGGUGAUCCUUCUCAACCAGUUGAGCAGAUUACAAAAGAAUCUACUACUGUUCUCAACGCAGAUGAUUCUGAUGAAGACGCCAUUGAUAAUAUUCAUAAUGUCCCUUCGCCUGCAACCUCGCUCGUUAAUUCGAUUGAAGAUGAGAAAGAGGAAAAUAAUUUAAAUGGACAUGCAAGUGUGUCCGAAAAUGUGCCAAUGAAUGAAAUAACGCUUGUUCAAAACGAGGAUGAGGGAUUUGCGUUAGCUCCUUUAGAUGUCUCAAUGUAUAAAGGCGUUACAAAAGCCAAACGCAAAAGAAAACUUAUUAUUGACGAAAUAAAAAAUAUUUCUGGAGAGGAAAUGAAGGCUCAGUUAGCCGACACAUCUGAUAUAUUAACCACACUUGAUUUAGCCCCACCAACAAAAAGAUUAAUGUAUUGGAAAGAAACUGGAGGUGUCGAAAAACUUUUUUCAUUACCAUCGCGAUCCAUACCAGCUAGAGCUUUGUUUGGUAAUUACAAUAGACAGUUGUUUUCGCAUUCAACAUUCUUUGAGGACUUCUCGAGUGUUGUGCCAAUGGAAAUUCUUGCACUGGAAUUUUAUACCAAAGAGAACGAGAACGCAUUAAUUAUUUUUAAUAAAAAAGGUCGCAAACGUAAGAAUGAUAAUAUGUCCAAUUUGUUUUUGGACCAUGUCCCCGAUUCAGUUGUUCAAAGUUUGGAAGCUCCGGAAGUCCUGAGAGCGAAUCAUAAAUCUCUAGGGGUAUCUACCGUUUCUGUGGAGAUUGUAUCAAAAGAGCAAGAAAGCAUUUCAUGUCAAAAUGAAUUAACAUUUUUUGAUAAUAUGCGAAGUCCGGACCUCUUGUCCUUAAAUGAAAUGGAACAGUUCUCAUCAAUAAAUGAGCUACCUUUAACACCAAGAAACAUGAAUCAUGAAAUGGGUGACGAUUUUAAUCAAGGAGACUCAACGCCAGCUGGGUUGGAUCAUGGUCAUGCCACUCCGCAGCAUGGAAAUAUUGGCGAGAUGGAUCACGACUCUGUUAUACCGACAAAAAAGACUGCAGUCAUUUUAAAUGAAUCUGUGGGUACAUCUGUACUAAGUGACAAUGGCGUUUCAAAAAGGACAAAUAAUAUUUUAAAAGGAUGGGACAACUAUGAAAUUCCCAGUUUCGUUGGCCAGGGUAUAAGACAUGCAGGGCACUGUUAUCAGCAAUAUCACUAGGUCUUACGGAACAUAAGUGUAUUGGUGUUUGUAAAAGCCAAUUCACGUGUAUUUUCCCAAUCCAACGCUGCUCAAAAGCUGCUACGCCGGAGAGACGCAUAGAUGACGAUCUUUUCGACGCUAUUUUUAUACACGUUACUCGUAGAUUAAAAGGGCAGAAACAUGAAGCGUUUCCGAUCAUAUAAAAAUCAUGGUGAUGAACAAAUGGAAAAUGAAACCGAUGAGCAAUUUGAAGAACGUGUUUUAAACAAGAGAGCCGCCCACCUUUUUAUUGACGUAAGAGCACAUUUUAUCGCCAAGGACAGCUUGGAACUUUCUCAGCUUACGUCAGGAAAUUCCAGAAAACAGGCGGCACAAAAAUUUUAUUCCCUCCUCGUCUUAAAGAAGUUUAAGGUGCUUCACAUUGAUCAAUCUGCUCCCUAUGCAGAUAUUACUAUUACUCGAGGACCAACGUUCGAAAACCCAAAAAUUUAAUAAGUUGAAUGUAAAUCUGUUUUAAUUUAUAUUGAUAAUUUAUUUUGAACAUAAGUACAAACUC